AUGGAGUUGUGGGAAGAAAUAGAGGAGCUCUUAGGUAGAAGUAGUGACCCAUGGAUAGUGGGGGGUGAUUUUAAUGUGAUACUAAAUGCAGAGGAAAAGCUAGGAGGUCUCCCUUUUACUCAUUCAGAGGCUGCUGACUUUGCACAUUGUGUUAACAAUAGUGCGCUUGUGGAAUUACCAACCACAGGAAGCAAAUUUACAUGGUGGAAUGGGAGGAUAGAACAGGGAUGUAUCUUCAAAAGUUCUGAAGAAACAAAUGUGGUCAAACCUUUUAAAUUUCUAAAUUUCUGGACUAAACAUCCACAAUUUUUAGAAAUAGUAAGGAAAGCAUGGUGCAUUGAUUUUGUUGGGAACCCAUUCUUAGAAUUUAAGGCCAAAAUGAAGAAAGUAAAGACAACAUUAGGGAAGUGGAACAAAAAAGUUUAUGGGAACAUUUUUGAGAAAAUGGCUACACUUGAAGAUAUGAUUAGGGUUAAGGAGAUUCAACUCGAAAUUAGCCCAACACAGGCUAAUAGGAGUGAUCUUAGUAAAGCUGAAGCGGAGCUCAAAAUAUAUCUCAACAUUCAAGAAGAAUUUUGGAGGCAAAAGGCAGGUAUGAGAUGGUUCAAGGAUGGGGAUAGGAAUACAAAAUUCUAUCAUACAUAUGUCAAAGGGAGAAGGAAAAAGCUGCAUAUAGGAGAGAUUCAAUCCAAUCAUGGAGAUGUUUUCAAGACUCAUGACCAAAUAGGAGAGACAACUGUUGAUUUCUUUGGGGACCAGUUUUGA